AUGGCCGACAAGACCAUCAAGAACAAAGCGGCUCCGGCCAAGGAGGCCACAAUCAUGGUCAAGACCACCCAAGCCUCGAAUGACUCUCAACCACCAACACAGGGUGUUGCUCCAGCAGCGCUUGUGCCUACCGCGACCGGAGCUCAACCCCGUAUGCCUACUGCGACCAAAACCACCACGAAGAUCACCCUUAGAGUCAAUGCCGCUACUCCAGCCACCAAGCCAGCCACUGACUAUCCUGCUGCGUCUGCUUCCGGAGAUAAGGUUGGCAGAAAUCGUCCUAAGUUGUAUCGUAUCCCUCGCACCCUUCCGCGUGGCAACGCUGGCACACACCGCCCAGUCGGUCCCCGUGGUUCUGUCGUCCUUGUGAAUGACAAUAAGAACAUCGAUCAUACCAAGGCUGUCACCAACAACCCCGAGCCCAAGAAGAUGAUCAUUCGCUUCAAGGAUGUGAAGGGAAAUGUGCAUCAACACCAAUAUCCCGAUCAUGCCUCGCAGAAAUGGGACGAUGACGCCUGGGUUGCCAGCCUCAAUAAAUGGCGCUACCAAACCAUUUCGAGGAAGUUUAAGUAUGACCCGUCCGUUGUUCGAGGUCGUCGUGGAAAGUGGACAAUGGCAGAGAAGAUUUUCCUGAAAGAGCAGAUCACGAAGAAGAUUGAGGAUAACGGCGGUCGUCUGGUUGGCGAAGACUGGAAGGCCAUUGCCAAAGCUCACAAUGAACGUUUCGCGGGCACCGUUGUCAAGAAGGGCGAACAGCUUAUCAAGGGCUUCAUUGCGGUCAAAGAUUAUACUCUCACCGAGCGCUCUUACGUCGCGAUCCGCACUCAGUUCGACAAGAUGGCUGAUCUUAAGCCGGAGGUGGAGGAUAUGGUCGCCGAAUACACUGACGGCGAGAGCGAGGAGGGCAGCGAGCCAAUGGAGGGAGUCGUGAAGGAGGAGGAGCAUACCCAUGGCGGCGAACUUGAUCAUCACUUGGAGGACCCAUCUGAUGAUGAGGAUGGCGGUCAACAACCAGCAUCCAACCAGACCGGUGCCAUUCUCGUCGAGGGUGCUUGCUAA